GUUAGUAUUGUUUCAAUAUUUUGUUCAAUGUUUGAGGAUUAUAACGAAGAUAAUGUGGAACUAUCGCGUUGCUUAUUUCUCUCGCGAUAUCUGACAACCCUGUACGUGAACUAAACAAGACGACGAAAAAGCAAGAUGGCGUUUGACGGAGAAGACGUUGUUGUGUUUAUUACAGUUGUGUGUUCUUAAUCAGUACGUACAUGUACACAUUUAUGUUGUUUGAUAGAGUAAACAUAUUUUAUAAUUGUUUGUAUUUGGAUACAUUAGUCUGAGUGCACUUUGCAGCUCCUCGUGUUAGCUUAGCUUGCUAGUUAGCUUGGCGUGUUAGCUGCUAACAAAGAGAGGCGGAAGUGAUCAAAACACAUCGCUAAGCAGAGAUCAAGUGUAAGAGUAUAGUGUUGUGAUUGUGUGAAAAUGUGCGAAAGAACGACAGCAGAGUACGAGGAGGAACUUUGUCCAACAAAAGAGGAGAAGGAGCGACAACAUCAACUACUGGACGCUGUUUUCAAGAAACAUCAAGUUGUGUUACACAGAACAGACGUCCAGCAGCCCCCCCACAUUAAAGAGGAAGAGGAGGAAGUGUGGAUCACUCAGGAGGAAGAGUGUCUUCUAGGGCAGGAGGAGGCUGAUCUCACCAAGUUUCCACUGACUGUUGUCUCUGUGAAGACUGAAGAGCAUGAAGACAAACCACCUGAGUCCUCACAGCUUCAUCACAGUCCAAAUGUCUGUCAGGAACAUCAUCUCCCUGAGCAACAGGAGUGGAGCUUCAGGAUGGAGCAGGAGGAGCCACAGCCUUCCUACAUCAAAGAGGAAGACGAGGCGCCACAAAACCCUCACAUUAAAGAAGAAGAGGAGGAACACAGCAUCAGUCAGGAGGGAGAGCAUCUUGAAUGGUUGGAGGAGUUGCCAUUGACUGUCAUUGUGAAGAGUGAAGAUGAUGAGGUCAAAGGUGAAAGUGAGGAGGAGAGAGAGGCGGAGCCUCCAAGCAGCAGCUCAACUCAACACAUGACAACAGAAGCUGAUGGAGACCACUGUGGAGGAUCACAAGCAGACAAGCUCUUAGCUCCACUAUCAGAUAGUGAGGACACAACGUCACACUCUCCUGACACUGAUGAUGAAGACUCUAAAGAUGAUAAGACAUGUCACACUGACAACACACACUUCACGUGUUCUCACUGCGACAAAACCUUUAAUUACCGUCAUAAUCUGAAAACACACAUGAGAACACACACUGGAGAAAAGCCUUAUUCCUGCUCAGAAUGUGGUAAAUGUUUUGCACAAAAACAGGUGUUGAAAGAACACAUGCAAACACACACUGGAGAAAAACCUUUUUCCUGCUUAGUAUGUGGUAAAAGUUUUGUACAAAGAAACAAUUUGAAAGUACACAUGAGAAUACACACCGGGGAAAAACCUUUUACUUGUUCAAUCUGUGGUAAAGGUUUUGUAACAAGUCAAAAUUUGAAAGUGCACAUGAGGACGCACACCGGUGAAAAACCGUAUUCCUGUUCAAUUUGCAACAAAAGCUUUUGUGACCGAUCAGCGCUUAUCAGACACAUGAGAACACACAGUGGAGAGAAAGUGUUGAGUUGCGAUCUUUGUGGUGAAAGAUUCUCUUCUAAGCACCAGUGUAAGAAACACAAGUGUGCUGGUGAGAACAGCCGCGGCAAACGCCAUCCACCCAUCCAUAUUCUACCGCUUGUCCCUUACGGGGUUGCGGGGGGUGCUGGAGCCUAUCCCAGCUGCAUUCGGGCGGAAGGCGGGGAACACCUUGGACAAGUCUCCACCUCAUCACAGGGCCAACACAGAUAGACAGACAACAUUCACACUCACUUUCACACACUAGGGACCAUUUAGUGUUGCCAAUCAACCUAUCCCCAGGUGCAUGUCUUUGGAGGUGGGAGGAAGCCGCAGUCACGGGGAGAACAUGCAAACUCCACACGGAAAGAUCCCGAGCCCAGGAUCGAACCCAGGGCCUUCGUAUUGU